AAAAGAUAUAAAAGAAAAAUUAUAAUCUAUUUGGGGAAGGAGGAAAUAGAAAAAUAAGGAAUUCAAUUUGGGAGAAAGUAUAAAGUUAAAAAGCAAUGGGAAAUUGGCAAUGAGGUUCCAGAUUUGGGGGUGCCUAAUGACGUAAGCAAUGUGAGGUCAUCAAAUUCAAACACUCCGCGUGUAAGAAAUUUCAAAUAAGGUGCCGAAGCAAAGCAAUGAGAGGUCAGGUCACUGAUGACUCCAAGGAGAGAGAUCUUAUCCCCUUACGUACAGGGUUAUAUCAGGGAUUUUACUCAACAAUCGUCUCUCUCAUACUCCCUAUCUUAUUGAAUCCGGGAAAUCAACACACAAUCUCCAUAAGUUUCGUUCUGUUUCCUUUUCUAACGAUGCUAGGCCUGAUCAAUUACUUCUCCAUAGCAUUCUAAUCCGAACAAAAGGUGUUUUUUCUCAACGGAUUCGCCAUCUUUUCUGGAAAAAUAAAGAAGUUAAAGAGAGAUCCACCAUGCUUCACUUCCGAUUAUGCAAGGUAUGGUUUAAUUUGUAUAUGUGUGUUUAUUUGGUUUUAUAUUGAGUAUUUCUGUUGGGAAAAUAUUAUAGAUUUUGAUGAUGAUGUAUUUAGAUUGUAAUAGGGACUUUAGGCCUCCCCCAAUAUUCAAUGUAAUUUUUCUUUUUAGAAAUAUUGUUAAAACCGAGUUCUUGAGAUUUCCAAUAAAGUUGUGAUAUUUCUUUAAGUGGUUUGAUGCUUGAAGACUUAAUCAAAUUCGGUGAUAUGGAAAUUGGAUAUCUUGAUCGGAAAUGUCAGAGACAAGUAAGGAUUUCUCAAAGCAGAUGAAGAUCCUCUAAUCCGGAACACUACAUGAUAACCGGAUGUCUCGCUACAACCCGCUGAAGGCUAAGUCAUUCAAAUCGGAAGACUAGCGCGGAUCUCUUUCUCACCCGGAAGUCUGUGAAUGACUCUUCCGGAUUUGUCAGCAAAAGAACCGGAUAUCUCAAGAAAAGAUCGGAAUUCUCAGAAGCGGACAAGUGAGAAAAGACUUUAAAAAAAAAUUCUAAGUCUUGAAUGAAGAAAUUCUACCCGUUGGUAAGGAAAAAUCAAUCUCUUGAUUUUCAACGGCUAGAUUGAAGAUAAUUAAGCUGAUUCAAGAACAAAUGACUUGAANACAAAGUCUGGACCCCUCAAAUUAAAGAGCUCGUCCAGAAUUCCUAAACAAGCACUAGAAGACAAACUGAGUAAAGUUCUACAGUCCAGAAUUCUUGAACAACAGCUAGAAGACGGAUUCUGUGGAAAAAGGAAUCCCUCCUCAAACAAUUGGGUAUGUCCAAACACCCACUCCAAUGAGGAAUCCUCAAUCACAAUCUUCAUUCAAAAUUGAAGCCAGCAAAUGCAAAGGAUAGUCUAUUUUGAUUCAACGGAUAGAUUAUCCAAUCCAGCUAUAAAUAGCAACCUUGGAAGACUGGAGAAGAAAUAACAACGAGAUAGACGAACACAACGAAGCAAUCUCUAAUAACAAAACUAUCUCAUUCACAGUUAGCCCAAAAAGCUUGAUAAAGAGAGAUUUCUAAAACUCCUUAUCGAGAAGCAAACUUUCUCCUCCUUCCAAAGAGCUAUAGUGUAAACACUUGAAGGUUUCCUUGCCUCAGGUACCACACCACGUUGAAGGAUAUAACUUUUGAUCAAACUUCUUGAUUAAAAGGGGGUAGAUCAACUUUCUCACAAGUUGAUCUUGCAGGUCCUAUUGUUCGGAUCUUGCAGUUGUUGAAGAAGUGUGACCUUCGAAGGAACAACAAAGCCAGCACGAGUGCAGUAGCAACUUUGGCCUUGCGAAGAUAUACCGUGCAGAAAUUCACACAAGUGUAAUUGUUGGUUCUUUAUUCAACAACCAACUACAUAGUGGAUUUUGAGGACGUAGAAGGAUUACCCCACCUUCGAACCUCGUUAAAGUUUGCGUGUCUCUCUCUUUUAUCUUUAUUCUUACUUGCAAUUAUAUUAACUGUGAAAACUAACCCAUCCAUAUUGAUUACUACUCAUACUACCCACCAAAUUUCGCACACAAUCUAAAGUUCCCAAGAACUCUAGAUUUACACUAUUUUCACGUUUUCAAAAGAAACGAAAAAGUUUUAAAAUUGUAACAAAGUCUAUUCACCCCCCCUCUAGACUUUGUAUCUCACCACUUUGGGACCACCAAUUUCUUUACAUAGUGAUGCAUCUUAGUUAUUGUUUCCAUAACCUUCCAACCUUUGAAUUCAUUCUGUUAUUGUAGUUAGGCAAAGUCUAGUUUAUUAUUAAACAAAUACUUCGAAUGGAAGAGACUCUUAUAUACAUUUUUCCCUGUAUCCUAUUAAUUUUUAUUAUUAUUACUCACCUUAUUGAAAUAAAGCCCCAAAUUUAGAUGAUGUUCAAAACUCUGGUACUAGGUAUUCAAUU